GUGGAGGAUCGCGAGAAGGUGGAGUUCGAUUAAAAUUGCCCUGUUCAUGGGAUUGCGAGUGAGGAGAGCAUAUUUGGGCGAGUUUGUGUGCGACCAGGCACGCCGCCAGCGAUGUCUCCGCUGUUUAGAACUUGCAUGCUCCUAGCGGGGUUUGUUUUAUUCUACAUCGCUUACCUGCUUUUAGGGGCGCUUGUAUUCUCGUAUAUCGAGGGUCCGGUGGAGGAGCAACUAAGAACGGACUUGACGUCUCUCAAACAACAAUUCCUUAACCAGAGCUGCGUCAACUCAUCGCAGUUGGACGACUUUUUGGAAAAAGUUUUGAAGGCCAACAAGUACGGUGUCUCAGUACUCCGAAAUGCUACAACCCAUUCAAAUUGGGAUCUGGCCUCCUCAUUGUUCUUCGCAAACACUUUGGUGACGACAGUAGGGUAUGGCCACACCACGCCCCUGUCGGACGCGGGCAAGGCCUUCUCCAUCAUCUACGCGCUGGUGGGCGUUCCCUUCACCAUGCUGGUCCUGGCGGCCUGCGUCCACCGGCUCAUGCACCUGCUGACGUACGGACCCCUGGGUGUCCUGCAGCAGCGCGCGGGCGUGCCGCCGCGCCUGGCCAGCACCGGCCACUUCGCCCUGCUCCUGCUCCUCGUGGUGCUCUGCUUCUUCGCCGUGCCUGCGCUCAUCUUCAGCGCCAUCGAGGACAACUGGUCCUUCCUGGACGCCUUCUACUUCUGCUUCAUAUCUCUCUGCACCAUCGGCCUGGGCGACUUCGUGCCGGGCGAGCAGCAGAUGCAGCAGAACAGGGCGCUCUACAAGAUCUCUGUGAUGGUCUACCUCUUUGUUGGUUUGAUGGUGAUGUUCCUUGUUCUGCGUACGUUCCACAAGUUGGCCGACCUCUACGGUCUGACUGCGUUCCUCCACUUACCCAGCUGUGAUGAGGACCUGGCAGAAGACAAGGAGCCCAUCGUGGAGGAAGGCCGUGAAGACGACCCUCCAGAAUCGAAGGCAGUUACCAAGCCCUUGGACCCAAGCUCCCAAGUGUCCUACAACUCCAUCAGCAGAUGAAGGACUCUAGUACUUUUGCGCCUCUGUAUUUUUUUAUUUUUUUCCUCUUUGUGUUUGUUGUUUUUGUUUGUUCGUUUUAUUUAUUUGUUUUUAAUGGGUUUCAGUGAUUACGUCAUCACCUCAUCCCCUAUCCUAUGAAUAGAACGUGGCCAAAGGGGAAUAGUGGGGGCCAAGCUUUGGCUGGUGCAUCCCAUGGGUAUAUAGGUUUGACCCCACAAGAGAACACCCGAGAACAAAUAGGAUCAAAUGUGUUUGUGCUAUAGUACAGUGGACAGAGGUGUAGCAAUGGUUGAUAUUUGCUGAUUUUUUUUUUUUUUUUUUUUUUUUUUUUUAGGGUUUGUGAGGGAACCAAAAAGGCAAGUCUGGGAAAGACCAGCAUUUGUAAUUCACAACUAGGAGGAAAAAAACGAACACAAUGGGCAAAAACCCCCACCAUGUCUAAACUUGACACUGCCAUGCAGAGCUAGUGUGAGGGAGUAAAAACCCAGCUAUCUAUUCUAGACAGCCAGGCUGAUUUAGCCUGUUAUCUGAGCACAGCAUAAGUAUUUACUCAGGGGAGUUGUUUUUGUGGUUAUGGUUUGAAGGUAGAGGCAUUUUUAAGGUUGACUCUAGUAAGUGACCCACUCCUGUUUCCUUGAACAUCCCUUAUCCCUGACCUCUGGAUUUCAGAUAGAGAUUCAUUUUAAUUUGUUUACAAUGCAAUCACAGCCUGUUACUGUUUUUUUUUUUUUUUUUUUUUUUUUUUGGUACUGAAGUCAAUCUGGCCUAAAACUCCAGGCUGCCAGGCCCGAUGUGCUGACUUUGGUACUUUGGUAUCAUUUAGGGUCUUGUGUGCUCUGGUGAUUUCAUCAGCUGUUUACAUGAGCAGAGCAUGUGGCCCAGACGUCAAUAUUGAAUCAUGAAUAGUGUCGGCCUCAGGCCCCAUGGAAAUUUUCCUGAUCUUGUCCACAUCCAUGUUGUUUUGUUAUGUUGUUUUGUUUCUCCAGUCACAUGUUGUUUGCUUUGGUCAAUUUGUGCCCCAGAUAGUCCAUGUCAUUGAAUUGCACUGCACUUUUGUGACCAAAUUUACAACUGUACCACCAGCAAAUCUCUUAGUCUUCGGUCCGUCCACAGACACUCUGCAAGACCUCUGGCAAUUUUCUGCUUGUCUUGAAGGACUUGGGUGUUAAAAAAAGACUGAAAUAACUUGACUUGCACAUAAGUGGUCUUUACGUCUGUUUGUGUACUUAUGCCCACAUGCAGACCCACUGCACAGAGUGUAAUGUCAAUCAUGUAUAUUUGCUCUGUCAUACUGCGUGAGGCUGUGCUUCUCUGUUUGUGAAGGAAAUUAUGUGGUUAACCCUGCGACUCACUUCUCAGACCUACUCCACAUCAGAAACGUGCAAUUCACAGGCCACAGUCCUAAUGGAGAAACAUGCUAUGACAGACACCAGUGCAAUUUCUGAUAGAAUUAUCAUGUUAUUUAUCAUUGAAUUAUACCUAUAGUUGUGUUACUGAAAUUAGUUUUUUUUUUUUUUUUUUCAUAAAUAGGACGUAAAAGGGCGCUUGAUGAGUAUACUAACAUGAGAGGGUAGUUCUACUUGUCAUUCUAUUAUACUAUGCUGUUUCACUUUAAGUUUUUAAAAAAUAAUAAUAAUAAAAAGAGAAGGU